AUGUCGGAGGAGCAAACUGAUUCCAACUCCACAGGGUACUAUUUUGGCAAUGCCUCCACUAGAGUCCAGAGCAGCUUCGUUUUCUCGGGACCCAUGAUUGUCAUUUUAAUGGUGAUGAUGGUGACUUUGGUUGUUGUGAUAGUUUUGGGCAACGCGCUCGUCAUCUUGGCAUUUAAAGUGGACAAGAGUUUGAGGAGACAGUGCAAUUACUACUUCCUGAAUCUAGCAAUAUCUGAUUUUCUUGUAGGGGCAUUUUGCAUCCCGGUGUACAUCCCCUACAUCCUCACAGGCAGGUGGACGCUGGGUCGAGGACUGUGUAAGCUGUGGCUGGUCAUGGACUACCUGCUUUGUUCCGCGUCUGUCUUCAGCAUUGUUCUCAUCAGCUACGACCGCUUCCUGUCAGUCACCAGAGCAGUAAGCUACCGUGCCAGACAGAGCAUGACUCAUCAAGCCAUAAUCAAGAUGACUGCAGUCUGGGUGCUAGCCUUCGUCCUCUAUGGCCCUGCUAUCAUAUUCUGGGAGCUGGUGGUGGGCAUAAGCCACGUGCCAAAGGAUGAGUGCUUCGCAGAUUUCUAUUACUCUUGGUAUUUCCUGCUGAGUGCCUCUAUGCUGGAGUUUUUUUCUCCUUUCAUCUCUGUGGCUUUCUUCAACCUCAGCAUUUACCUCAGUAUACGCAGAAGGAGGCUGCACAGCAGGGAGGCUCAGCUUCACCUUCAAGCAAGUGAACCCGCCUCUGCCCAGGGGGAAGGUAUCCCCCUGUCCCACAAUUGGGGGUUUGGGAUAAAACUGGCUGUAAGAGGCUCUAUCAACUCCCAGACAUCCUCUCCUGGUUUGGGUAAGCUAGAUGCCUCAAACAGCAGGGCAGCCCAUCCUAGCCGUCUAUCCAGGGAUAAGAAAAUUGCUAAGUCUCUGGCCAUCAUAGUAUGUGUGUUUGCCAUCUGCUGGGCACCGUACACCCUACUGAUGAUCAUCCGCGCUGCCUGCAGAGGGCAAUGCAUCCAGCAUCACUGGUACGAGGUCACCUUCUGGCUCCUGUGGCUCAACUCUGCUAUUAACCCAUUCCUCUACCCGCUGUGCCACAGUAGCUUCCGCAGGGCCUUUAGCAAGAUUCUCUGCCCAAAGCGGCACACUACUCCCCCAUCAUCUGUCCUACGCACUGGCCAGUGACAAACUGAUGCCUGUGGAUGGAUGGUGAUGAACAAUGCGCCCGAACUGUUGAUGGAUGUGUUUAUAAACCAUUGAAACCAAUCUGUGCACCAUAGUUUGUUAUGUAGAAAGUAACUCACAGUUUUCAGUGUUUUUCAGCGUUAGGAAGUUCAAGAUUUUUACUGCAAAACAUAUCAGAAUUUAGCAAUCAGUUUUCUUGUGUUCAGCUAAAGGAUGUGCUAAGCGGAGGCAUAAAAUAUCCCCAAAUGUAUUUUGAUAACACCCUGGAGACGGAACUGAAAAAUAUUAGCAGUGGUAUGUCAGUUGUUGGAUAUGAGGAAGAAAAAAAUCAUGAGGCGGUGAAACACAUAUACACAAAUAUAAUGCAAAACCCCCCCAAACAUUACAAUAUCAUCUGCAAGCUUACGUGUCAGUGAAAUAUUGUCAAGAAAUUCAUUUUAUUGGCAAAACUUUACAUUUAUUGUCUUUUUUAUUAGGCGACAGGUAAGAUAGAUAGAUUUAUUCUCACACAAAAUAAUCUAUUUAAAGAGUUUCCUCCACUGUGGCCAGAGCUUAAAUAAACAGAUCACUAUCACCAUCUACUGUCAGAAGGUUUACUACUCCUGUAAUGCCAGAAGCACAGUGAGCAAAAUACAAAGUGCCAUUAGGUGCAAUUUUAAAAAUGACAUCUGCUUUUAAAGCCUAUAUUUAAGGUAAAAUGUUAUAUAUUAGUGAUGGAUUAUAUUCCUCUCCACUCUUGAGUGCAUUUGAAAUUCAUUUGCAAAUUUAUUAGUACCAGGUUCUGGUCAGCAUGUAGCAUAUUUAUCACUACUAGUCAUCAAGUGUUUGUUUUUCAGAAAAAAUUUGGCUUCCAAUAGGAAAGGAAAGCUUACGUGUUUACAAACAAUGCCCAAACCCCCAUUUUACUGUGAUCACCAGGUGUAUAUAUCCGUAUGUGCCACUAGAUGUCACCAUUAACCUUUACAGUUUCCUUUGAGUGCAAAGCUUUAUGAAGUGAAGUCAGCCAGUCAGUUUACUGUAAACUGCAUAUAGCAACUUUAAAAUUUUAAAAACCUAAUCAGUAGCAGUAUGUUCUGUGCUCUGGCCAAUGUUAAAUAUAGUCACCGAGUGAUGUAAUGCUAUUGAUGCUAUAAAUGCUAUAUAUUUGUGCAGCUGUAAUACUACUAGUGGCGGCUCGUCUGUGAUCUUCUUGGCUCAUAG